AUGGGAAAGUGCUGUAUUGUUAAUUGUAAUUCGAACUAUAAGAAUAAUAAUGAAAAAUAUGUUAAAUUUGCUGCUCCAAAGAAUGUUGAUUUACGAAAAAAAUGGGCAAUGGCUAUUUCACGAAAGGAUUAUGUUAUCACCGACAACACAUAUGUUUGUGAAAAACAUUUUAGUGAACAUGACAUAAUUCGAUUUUGGCAAUCUGGUAGUGAAUCUACAUUACUUGUUAAGGUAAGUAAUUUUGAACUAACAAUGAACACCUACAUUGGUGUAAGAAAUUGGAAUUUAAAAUGAUCAAUUUAAUAUUGAAGUAUUAGUACUUUAAAUAUAUACAUACUCAGAUUGAAUCUUUUGUUGAUUUAAAUAGAACAAAAUAUUUAAUACUACCUAUUGUGAUACCAAAGUACUAAUAAAUACCUAUUAAUAACCUAUUAUAAAUAUUUAGUUAAGUAUGAUCCAUAAUUUGUUUUUAGAUUCCAUAUCAGAAACCUAAACUUCGAGAAAAUGCCAUUCCCUCAAUUUUUCCUGGCCCUGCAUACCUCUUUAAGCAAAUAACAAGAAAAUCUCCAACUGAACAACAGAAUACAUUUAAUAAUAAAAACAAAUACCCUGCUAAUAUAUUUAAUGAUUUAGCUAUUACAAAAAAUGAGAACUUAUAUGACAAAUUAAAUAUUUUGGCUACUGAGGGUACUUUGAAAAUUUUUUGUUCCUGGUACGAUACUGCUAUAAAGACUGGAAAUACAAUUUCAAAUUUCAAUUUUUCAUCUUAUUGUACAGUAGAUCACUCUUCUAUUAUUGAAAAAUCAAUAAGUGUUGCAAAAACAGGCGAAGUCACUUUUGGAGUUCUUGGAAAGAAGAUUGACCCACAAAAACUUAAUAUUACUCCAGCUAUAACAAUAAAUGAUUUUCUAACUAAUAUAAACAAAUUUGAAAAAAUUAAUGUGUGUCAUGGAGGACCAUCAUUGACUAAUUUUCCUAAAGCACCUUUUUCAUUAUGUGUUGUUAAUACUCUUGGACGACUUCAACAUUGGAAUUGCAACCUUAUUGUAAAGGAAAAGGUUACAAGUUGUAUAAAAUGUCGGAGACUAGAUAAUAUGUUAAGAAUGCAUGAUAAACUAAAUCAAUGAUGCUCAAGAGCAAUAGAAAUGGACAAUUAAAUGAAAUAAAAAUAAAAAGCAAUACAUAUUAUAUUGUUAUUUUCAUUACUUCACCCUUUUGAUUAUAAAUAAAAGUAUAAAACAAAAUGUCUAAAAAGUGGUUUCCCACCUUCCCACUUGUCCAAUUACAAUUGAAUUAUUUUCCAGAUUUAUUUACAAUUUGUUUAAUGAUGAAUAGUGUUAUAUUUUGUCAAUUCUUGCCUAUAAUAGUAAAAUAAUUAUAAUUGUUUCAUGAUUACUAGCGCUUUAGUUCACUAAAACGCAGUUUAUUACAGUAUACUAUCUAUAUUAUGAUACUACCGUAUAAGGUUUAUGCAUAGAUAUUAAAACUUACAAUAAAUUAUAGAUGGCUUACACUCCCCUAUACCUCCUGUGAAUAUUAUCGAAGUCAAAAUCAGCCAUUUAGUUUAAGGCCCACAUGUCUUAUUGUUUAAUUUAUGUUGAUAACAAAUCCAUUUUUUGAAUUUUUUACCAAUAAAUUAUUGAUUAUAAUUUAAUCACUCAGUGUAAGCGUCAGAGACAGCGCCUCUUAUCAGCACUAUUAUUAUCAAUAUCACGCUAAAACCAGAGUUGUCUUAUCACACAAUCGGUUAUUAUAUUAUUUAUAUUUUAUUAAAAAUUAAAUUAAUUUACAUACAAUGACUUCAAUUUCAAGUGAACAAUUAGAAACUGUACAAUUAAAAUUUGGUUAGGUUGUGAUAAGGCAACUGUGGUGUUAGUGUGAUACUAAUAAUAAUAGUGCUGAUAAGAGGCGUUGUCUUUAGACGCUCGUCGUAUUGUACCAAUGGUGCCUGGCCUAAAUAUUAUUUUUCGAUAGUCUGUUGCACAUUUAUAUAUUAAUAUUAUACUUUUAUAAUGUGUAUGUGGUUAAUAUUAUAUUAAAUAUUCAUAACAUUUUUGAAGAAAUAAUUCAAAUUAUAACAUUAAAAUAUUAUUGACUUAUAUUACAAUAUAAAACAAGACAAGUUGAGAAGAAGAAGACAAUGAAUUUUAAAGAAAUGAUAAAUCAUUCCUUCAAUAAAACUAUUCUGAGCGGAGUUUCAGUUAGUAAUACAGAAUAAUAAUUAUCAUUUUUUUAAUAAUGGCUUUAAAUUUCAAAAAACAGUAAAAUGGUCAUUCUUAAUUAUUAUUUGUAAUAAUCUACUUAUAACUAGGUACCUAUCAGAUUUCUAUAUAUAACACAAAAAUAUUAAAAAAUACAAUUAAAAUAAAAUACACCUAUGUAAUUAAAAAUUACUAAAGAAAUAUUUCCUUUUUUCACAUGCUAAAUACAUUUAGUGAUGAAAUAACCUGUGAAAAACAAAUCGCCCGAUUAAUAAGACAAAUUUAAACAACUUUUUGGAAAAAUGUAUUAUCCUUAAUCUGAGGAUGACUACAAUUCAUUAUUUCAACACUUGGAAUCUAAAGCAUCAAGAUCAGUCUUCGAAUAUAAUAACUAUAUCAUUGAUGACUAGGCCUCGGAAGUUGUUGCAUUUGAAACUUUUAUUCUAUUGUUCAGAUGUAUUGCUUCAUAAGUAAGUUUUAAAUCUAUUCUAUGCAAGUACAAAUUAAAAUCUAAAAAUGUUUAAUGCAACUUUUUCGAUUUGAUUGUAAUUUUGUUGAUUUUCCUUAUUUAUAAUACAAUUUUUGAUAUUUUUAAAUAUUAUUCACCGGAUUUAAUUUUUCUUUACAUUAGAAAUAAAACAAUAACAGGGACCUUGUCAGAUAAAAUAUGUCAGAAUAACAUAAUAAUUUAUAGUUGUUUCUAACUUUGUCGAUUGUGAUGACAGUGGUGAAAAUAUUAUUUGAUAAGACAAUGCACGAGUUAUUAUUUCCUCGAAACAUAAAGUAUUUUUAUAUUCAUUUAAUAAAUAAAAUGAUUUAUUACUUCCGAGCCUUAUUGAUAACAUAAAAAUAUCUUAGCAAGUUAAAAUACACAGUGCAAUUUUAGAGGAAAAUGUUGAGAUAGAUAUGGUAAAAUGUUUUUCACAAAUUAAAUCUGGAAAUCAUUAAUGAAAAUAAUUAAUAUAAAGCAUUAGAAAGUUAUAUAGAUAUGCCCGACAUGCCGAGAGAUUGGCUUGAAAAAAUUAAUAAUGUGUAAUAAUUGUUUAACUUGGUUUUAUGUUAAGUGUGAUUUAAGUAUUAAACCUAAAAAGGCCAAUUGGUUUAGUUCUCAAUGUUGUAAAAAAACAUUAAUUUAAAAUAUAUGUAAUAGUGUAAUGCGAUUAUGUAUACAAAAAUUAAUUAUUACUAUGAGGGUUUAAAUCACAAUUUAAGGUACAUUAUUCUAUUAUAGUUUAUCUUAAAUUGUAGGGACAACUCAUUAGGUAUAACAAAAUAGAGGAAAGGGUACCUACAUUUAGGUUAUUCAAUAAAUAAUUGUAAUACAAUCUUAUUAUUUCUUCCAAUUACCUAUUUAAUUAUGUUUUUAGCUCUUACUUAAAUGCAAUUAUUAAAAGUUAAAUAGGCAAAACAGAAUACUAUAUUAUUAUAAUAGGUAAUAUAAUUAAAACUUGAUAAGUGAUAAUGCAGAUAGUGCAGAAAUAACAAGUCCUCAUGCAUGCACAUUCAGUGUCUGGGUAUGCAUUAGAUACCAGGUUUCUGGGUAUCUAGCCACAGCGAAAUAAAAUAUAAAUAUAAAAAUAAUACAGUUUAAAUAUAAAAAAAAAAUAAAACAUUUUAUAGUUAAAAAAAAAAAAAAAAUGUAUCAAACACCACAAUCACCAUGAGUUAAUUAUCACUAACAUUGAACUAGCUUUACAAAUAAAACAACAACAGUGAAUUUAUUAUUCUUAUUUAAAUUAUCUUAUUGGUCCAGAUAUUCUUACACUUGACAGGAACAAAAUUAUUUUAGAGCUUUCAAUUUACAGUAGGAAUUUUGCUUAUUUAAAUAUGGAUGGGCCAUAGUUUCAAUACAAAAAAAAAUAAACCUAAAUCACAUAAUAUUAUUAGACAUUGGAAAUAGUUUCGAAGGGAAAUUUAAUAAACUUCAUUAAAUUAAUUUUCUUAAGGUUUUUUUUGUGCUUGUUAUUUAUCAACAUUUUUUUCUUUGAUAAUUUAAUAUAUAGACUAAAAAAAUAGAAACUAACAAAGCAGCUAGUUUUUUCAUAAAUGUUACGCUUACAGAAAUCAUUUUAAAGAUUUGAAACUUUAAGGGAAACGUUUUUGUAUACAUAAUAUCAGAAAAACAAGAAAAAAAACCUGGUCCACCCAUAUUAUCAUCAUUAUGAUUUAAAAAAUCAUGCAUAGUAAAUGAACAUUGGGUUUAUGAUUUCCUCAUAUUUUUCAAACUUUCUCACAUGUUACAACACUAUUACUCACAACUAUUCAUGGGUAUUUUUAAUUUUGAUAAUAGUAUGUACAUUUUGUUCAUUGUACCACCAGCAUAGUGAUGUGACAAGUAAUCUGAAAAUAAAUUUGAAUUUGUCAUUAUAUUUUUCUUGUGAUCAAAAUUUAUUAGAUAUAAUUAAUUUCUUAUAGUUAUGCUUAGCAUUUUUAAAUUUGAAAAAGAACUGGUAUUAUUUUUCCUUAUCCUUGAGCAUUUACAAUAUGGUAUUUAGAAUUUUUUUUUAUACAUAUAUUUACUAUGGUAAUGAGAUAAUAUUAUUUAUUUAAUUAUUAAUUUAAGGCAAAAGAAAAUUCCAUUUACAAAAAAAUGUGUGUAACAUAAUAUAUAAUGGUUGAAUGUGUACAGAUAAAAAUAAUAAAUAUAGGUAUACAUGUAAAAAAUUUGUAUAAAGAGCAAGAAUAUACAAGAAUAAAUAGGUAAUGUAUGUGUAUAAAAAUAAAGAAUAAUGUAAGAUUGUUAAAAUAAAUUAUAUAUUUUUAAUGUAAGUAUGUUAUAAAAUUCUGAAUAACAUCGUUUAAGAAAGCUAAGUUUUGAAAAUGUUUAUUGUAUUUAUAUGAUCGUUAAAUUUUGGUUUGCUAUCAAAAAUAAAAAAUUCUAAAAUCAUUGACUAAGGAUACACAUUGUAUUGGAUAAUGAAUUAAAUUAUAAUAAAGGUAAAACAAUUUUUUUUUAAUGAAAAAGUAAUUAUAGGGCAUUUAUUAAGUUCCAUGCCAAUAUUGAUACACUAAUUGGCAAAAGUUAUCUAAGUUAGAUUGUAAUUCUAAAGCAUUAUUUCUUGUUGUAAUAAUGUUGUAAAUUUUGGCAUCAUCUACUAGAAGUAGUAUUUUUGAAUGUUUUAAUAUUGAAAAUAUAUCAUAAAUCAAUAGUUUCUUUUGGGUCAAGAACUGCUUUGUCACACUAUAUUCUUGGCCAAAUUAAGAGAUAGUAUUUCUUAUGAAACAAAAAUGAGAUAUAAACCACUAAUAUUAAGAGGAUUAAUGAGCUAUUGUAAAUUCCUAAUUUUUUCCUAAAAUAUUAAACUGAAGAGUUAUGCCAUGUUUGUAGUUUUUUUUUAUUUUUAAAUAACUAAAAAAAUUUUUUUUUUCUAUAUUUUAGAAAAAAGGGAACGGGUUGCCUUUUAAAUAUUUUCCUCUAUCAAUACAAUUUCUAAGUAUAACAAUUGGGCCAUGUAUACAUCAAUGAGUAUUGAGUGUCAUGUCGCAAAUAAAACAUUUCUGACACUCAACACUCAUGAAAUAUAUUUGGCGGCUGCAAACAGUAGAUAGUAGUGGUGUGGAUCACUUUCUAUAAGUAGGUAUAAAUAAAUUUAUAUAUUAUUAAUACAGGUAAAUAUUGGUAGGUAUCAUGUAAACUCCACAACAGAGCAAAUAUUCUAAAAUAUUCUAAGAAUUAUAUGAUAAUUAAUAAUGCUCACAUAUACUCAUAUCGACAUAUCAUGACAAGUUUAGUUAAUUUUGAAUAUUUAAAGAAAAAAUAUACAUACAUUUCACUCCCAAAAAUAUUUUGAAAGUUCAUUUCAAUACAGCACAAGAGAAAUAGCAAAAAUCUUGACGGUCUAAAGGAAUCACAAGACGAUCUACUGACAUACGAUGAACAACAUGAUGAGUUAUUGUAUGAAUAUAGAUUAUAAAUAUUAAAUGAACCACAACAAUUUGCAUUGUGCUCACCUUUGAUGCUCCCUAAUAUAGGCACUGCCUUAAAGGUAUAAUUUAUUAUUAAUGUCAAAUAUAUACAAAAAUUGCAUAUAAUAAAGCAUUUUAAGGGAUAAUAAAAUAGUUGCAAAUCAUUAUAAAAUACAAAUUUAAUAUUUAUAAGUAAUACUGAUUAUUAUUUUUUUCUUUUUUUUUUUUUUAAUAUUUAUUAGAAAUCAUACAAUCUGUAAAAAAUUUUACAAUGAACAUAUUUGAUAUUUUUAAAGAUGACAUGAGUGACUUGACUUAAAAAAGCUACCCAACGGUAACACUUUUCGUGAGUUUCACACAACGGAGACUACUUCGGAGAUAGUUGGAACCUUCAAAUCAGUAUCUAAGGUUUGGUUGGAGAUGUAGAAGGGAGCUUUGGUGAUGAUUUGUAGUGUAAUGGAUUGAAAAGUUAGUAUUUUAUAGAUAUUAAAUUUUUUUGCAAUGCCCCAUAAUUGAAUCCAGUAAGACCAAAUUGGUUUUAGAAGAGUUGUUGUAUAGUGUUGUAUAACAGUAGUUUAUUUUUUAGAGUAAUUUUAGAGUGUUUGCCUAGAAGAUAAUAAACAGAUUUACAUCUUGAAUUCAACAAAAGUUUUUUUUGUUUUACAUGUUCGGCCCAGGUGUCUAGUAUUAAUCCUAAAUAACUGACAUUAGAGGCCGAUGGUAUGAUUUUAUUGGAUAGCAAUAACAUAAGACAAUGUCUGUUUUUAACAUAAAAGUAAUAUGGGAGCAUUUUUCAUUGUUGACUUUAAACUUCCAUUUUGAGUAUCAUUCUUCCAUAUCCUCAAGGUGAUUUUGUAAGUAUUGGCCGGCAAUAAGUGGGUCUAGGUGAGAAGUAAAUAUGAUUUUGUCGCCUGCGAACUUGACUACAGAGGUGUAGAUUGAUGUUGGUUGGUCUGCUGCAUAUGUUAUAUAACAUGGGAGAUGAAAUAGCACCUUGGGGGACAACAGCUAAGAUAGGGGAUAAGUUGGAGAGUUCGGAGCCUACUUUUGUAAUGGUGGUUUUCUAGGUAUGAUUAAAAGAAUAUGAAAUAGGUAGAUGGGAGAAGUGUUUUUAAUUUAAAUAAGAGUCUGGUAUGCCAAACCUUGUUAAAGGCUUGAGCAAUAUCUAAUAAAACAGCGGAACAUUAAUUCUUAUUUUUAAAUGAGUAGGCUAUGGCGUUGGUUAGGCGGUGUAUUUAUUGGAUUGUGGAGUGUUUGUUGCGAAAUCCGAAUUGGGUAUCAGGUAUUAUUUUUUUUUCAUUAAUGAUUUUAGAUAUAUGUUUAAGAAUUAAUUUUUCAUUAAGUUUAGCAAAGAAUGACAGAAAACUGAAGGACGAUAGAAUGAAGGAAUAUCCGGAGGUUUACCUGGUUUCGGAAUUAAUAUUAUGACUGAUACUUUCCAUUGGAGAGGAAAAUAAGAGAGUCUGAGAAUAGAAUUUAAAAUGUGGGUUAGGUGAAUUAGGGAUUUUUUAGAUAAUUGUCUAGCCACUUCUACAGUGAUUAAGUCUAUUCCUGGUGAUUUUUUGAGAGGAAAAGAUUUUAUAAGGUGUAGUAUCUCAAUUGAAGAAAACGGUUUUGGGGCAAGGUAUAGUGGAAGAGGAGAAAUAAGUGAGUUUUCAAUAUGUUUUGAUGAUGUUUUCUGAUGGUUAUUAAAUAAUAAAUAACAAACAUAUGUAUAAACAUAAAAAUAGCAAAUAAAUAUUAAUAGGUAACUGUAAACUUGUAAAGGAUCAAAUUUAUCCCGGGAUUUGAACAAAUUUAUUUUAUAAAACUUAUAUUGUCAGAAUUUAUAUCAAAUGUAUUUAUUUCAAAUACUUAAAAGUAAAAACUUUUAAUUUUAAUUACAUACUCAUAAUGUGAGCAAUUUAAUAAUGUCAUCCAUAUUUUUUGUAGCAACACCCGUGGAACUAGAUGAAGUGCUCGGAUUAAGGACAUCUGAAGAAACCGAAGCUGAACCAGAAAUUGCAUUACGCUCUAGUGAUAGAUAUUCUUUAAUUUUUGUAUGACAUUCUUGUUCCGUUCUGAUAGAUAUAGCAUCUAAAAAUGAAUAGUUAAAGGUACUUAUACUAUAUAAUAUUUGUUUAAAAUCUAUAUUAUAUACUUAUGGUAGGAAAAUUUUAAUAUUUUCUUAAUUAAUUCUUACCACGAGCUUUUUCGCGAAUAUUUUCAUACAAUUCUUCAAACUUAAUCGUUUUAGGAUCUUGACCAGCUUUAAUUCGUUUGCGAAUUUCAUUUGUAAUUAAAUUGCUCACUUUAUUAUCCCAUUUGGAUUCCAUUAGACGUAAACGGACAUGGUUUUUAAUACUGCAUCAUAAUAAAAUAAAAAAUAAUGAAACAAAAUGAACAAAUUUGGUGAUUGUAUAAUAAUAUAUGAAUAAUAGGUUUAUUAAUUUCCAACACACUCAUAAUAAAUUAUCUUGAUUAUAUACAAGAUUAUAAUUUUAAUAAUAGAUAAAUAUUUGAAUUUAAAUAAAUUUGUUCAACAAAAGAGAAGUUGAUAAGUUAUAAUCGUAAUAAAAACUUACAUAUCACGGUAAUUUACUUCGUCACCAGCAGACAUUUUUCCACGGCUUAUAUUAUGUGCAAUGUACUAAUGUAUUUCAAUAUCAGUUAAUAUCAGUCUUUUCUAUUCGGAAUAAAAAAAUUUUCAUUAUUGCAAAGUAUAAUAAUUUCAGUAGGUAUCUAUUAAACAUUAAACUCUUUGUUACUUACUAAUUAUUUAUCAUAGACAUGUAAAGAGAUAGAUGUGUAGGUAAUUUAUGUCCAACGGCAGUCAAUCAUAUAAUGUACUAAUAAGUAAUAAUCAAUAUAGACAAGAAUCCUCAGGCAGUGUUCGACGCUUAUCUACAUAUUUUCUCAUACUAUGCUGUGAUAGGUCCAAAUAUUGAUAAACAAAUUGUUAUCUUACCACCAUCACCAUUGAUUCAAUUACCACCAAUUCAAAUUUAAAUUGUAUCAUAAAAGUCUAUAAAAUAUAUAAGCACUAAUAAACAAAUAAAGAAGAGCAGAUACUGGGAACGGGUGCGCUCCUGGUGUAGAUGGUAAGUCGGGAAGAUAGGAAUAUAGGAUACAUAGAGAUAUUUGAUUUAUACCUGUAAGCAACCAUAGACCAUUGCUAACGAAAAACGAUUCAGAACGAGGAAUUUCGGUUAUAAAAAGUUUUUUACAGACAAAAAAAAAAUAAAUAAACAUUGUUAAACCAAUUCAUUUCUUGUUUCGUUCAGAAUCUAAAACAAAAUUGAAAAUAAUGCAAUUUUCCUUGCUAUUUUAAUAUAUUUCUCAAUAAUUAUGAAAAAUACUUGGAAAAUCAAAAAACGUUCUUACUCAAUAAUUAGAUUAAAAAUACUACAAAAAAUGUCUCUAUUGUCAUUAUUUUAUUGGAGACGUUAGAGCAAUAUUUUUAACAGAAAACAAAAGCCGUAAAAACUUGAAAUAAAAAAAUCGUAACCCCGUAAAUUUAUCAAUUUUCAGUAUUCGUCUUUUCCCCAACUAUUAUGAAAAUUACUGGGAAAAUCAAAAACCGCUCUUUCUCGACAAUAAAGGACUCUUGUCGAUUUCAAUUGGAGCAGAACUUUUGGUAGAAAACAUGGGCAGUUUGCAAAAAUUAAAAACAAUGAAAUCAGUAGGUAACAUCGAGGCGCCUCGUAAAUAUUUGCCGUUUACCGGCAAUUUCGUUCCCGGUUUUUCCCAUUUAUAUUGAAAACACCUUGGAUAAUCAAAUAAUGACUAACGAUCUAAUGAUAAUUAGAUAAUUAUACAAAAAUAAUAAAAAAAAAAAAAUUGCCAAAUUUUAUUGAGUCUACUGGGUACAGACAUCGAUUUCGAUAUCCGCUACUAAACCUCUCCGAUUUGUGAAUUCCAUAUCUGUACGUUCCGGGUUUUUACGCGUUCCCCGGUCCGCGUUGGUGUUCAAUGCGACCUGUCGAUAUUUCAUUACGCACGACGACGUAUAUUAAUACAAUACCGAUGAUAUUGUCGACUAUUUUGCGACACGGAUUAAUCGCCCAGUGCGGCGGUCCGGGCAGGUCGCCGACCUCGCAACCGGGACCGCGGUACUCUCGGAAUAAUAGACGGUAAACCCGGGCGACAGUCGAUAACAACGUGGACUGGCACGGGCGUACCGGUGAUGCGUCGCGCAUAUAUUUUCGUCAUCAAUGUCGUGUUGUAAUCGGAUUCGGGAACACCGUGCCCGCAUCGCGGCGCGUGCACAUUGUUAUCUAAUCGUCUGGUCGCCAGUUUCCGAUACCCAGGCCGUAUCGCCUGUUCCGAUUAACAAUAAUGGGUGGUGAUGGGAAACCGCUCUAUCGAUCUCGCCAUGCGCCGUUUUGCGCGCUUGUUCCAUCGCCUUCGCGUUUUCGACCCCGUCAUUGUUACCCGACCGCGGACGCUUUGAAAUCGAAGGGCUACGGAAAGCGUGGGGACAAGUGUCCGCUUUUUAACAAGAGCGGUUGUCG